UCCAUAAUCCAUUACCAAAAAUAAUUUAUGUGAAACCUGUAGGAAACCUGUGGAUUUAAAAAGAGCAAUAUUUAUAAUUUAAACAAAAUAUAAAGCUUAGAAACAUUUCUAUGAGCUUGUAUCUUUGAUUAAAAUUUAAACAGGACUACAAUCUGACAACAUCCACGAGGAGCGUAUGUCUGGUAUCUAUGAGUAAGUGCAGCAAAUAGACGUCUCAAGUGCAAUACAAUGAACAAAAACGGAAUUAAACCGGUAAAAUACGCCGUCCAUUGGGAAACUCACCCACAAAACUUUGUUAAGAAUGUUUGUGGUCUGAUGGAGCACCAGAGUUUAGUGGAUGUGGUUAUUUGUUGUGGAAAUAAUACUAUUCAGACUCAUAAGUUUAUUUUGGCAGCUAACAGUCCCUUAUUCAGAGAAGAAUUUGAGAAAAACCCUUCAAUAGAACAGAUUUUAAUAAGAGGAUGUGAUUUUUCUGUUCUGAAAAGUGUUGUUGAAAUGAUGUACUGUGGGCAAACUGUAAUAAUGGAAGAAAACAUCAAGUUUCUUGUUGCGAUGGUAAAAAUGCUUGAAAUGAAAAAUUUAGAAAACUUGUUCAAGGAGCACGCAAGUUGUGCUGAAGAAGUAUUCCUACCCAAACCUCAAUUCCUAACCAAAAAACCGAAAUACCCCGCCUUCACCUAUCAACUCCCCACUACUACGGUUCCCCAGAACGGUUGCCUAGCAUCUGUCAAAGUUCUCACUUCGGAACAGAACACCAGCGACAUUGCCGUCAUCGAUCCCGAGGACGCAACCGCGGCCGUUGUGAGUACUGUUCAAAAUGGCAACGCAGCGUUCAAACCUAUCAAUUUUGACGUCACGCUGCCCGAUCCAGUGACGGCGGGAUUUAAACAAUUCCGAGGCAAAAGAACCUUAAAACAGCAGGCUGAGCAGGCAUGCGUUAAGGAAGCUCAGGCUUCUAGAUUGGCCUUGGCUAGUUUGCAAAAGGAGAUAGCAGUGGCACCACAGGCAAAUAAUUUUAUCAUAGAAGAAACAUACGCUGAAACAACUGUCGAGAACUUUAUACCACACCAUGAACAAACCUAUGGUGACGUGAUGAACUACAGUAACAACAUGCACAAUAGAAGUUCUAUGGAGAAGUCCAUGUUUAUUCCUGGGACUUUGCCUCAAAAUAAUUUGUCCAAUCUUGCUACCUAUUCUAGUCUGAUUCAGGGCGACAAAAAAUCAUCGUUCGCUAAUGAAAAAUUGAAGAUGAUUUUGGGCACGGACGUACCAUCUAACGUAGAAAUCAUGUAUAAAGAUGCUCGCGGAAACUUUGUACCUGUCAACGAGGAAGUCUUGCAAAGUUUGGCAACCAAGGAAGGCAUUCAGUACCAAGUGGUGGACGAAGAUGGACGAGUCAGCGAGUUACAAGAACUGCGAGUUUUAGACAAACUGAUCAACAACGUACCGGAAAAUCUGAGUUCGAACGAGGAUAUCAUCGACAUAACCAAGCCCAGCGUUGAGGUAGGCGAUUUCUUGAAAGACACUCAAAGCGCUUUAAACGUUAAGGACGGCUUGUGCUCAUUGGUUACCAAAAGCGGUAAUGAAAUCUCCCUAUCCCAACCUAUCAACAUAAUACCUCUGAGCGGUGAGAUGCACCACAAAGCCACCAUUAAAACUGACGUGGACUUUUCCCCGGACAUAUUUUUCGCAGAUUUGGACACGGGAAAUGUCCAGAACGAGAUAACUAUCGUUGGAGACAAUUUCACGCCCCAACCGGAAACCAAGAUGUCCUAAAUGGUAAUGUUAAAUCUUAUUAUCUAUUAGAUAUUAUAUUAUUAAUUGUUUAAAGUAUAAAUAUUUUGUAAUUGUUUAGAAAUUUUAAAUCAUAUUUUAUAGAGAAUUAAUUGAAUUUAUUUAUUGCAAUUAUUUGUGCAGCAUUAACUCACACUUCUCGUUAACUCUAUUUAUUUUUUCGUUAAUUUAGUUGUUUUGUAUUAAUUAUGUUAAAUAUUUUAACUAAACGUGUUUUAAAUGA